GCGCCGGGCCCGCCCCCGCCGCGCGGGCCAUGGGGGGCGUGGCCGGGCGCUCGCUGGCCGUGGUGGAGCUGCCGCCAUUUUGGUAUCGCCGCCUGGGGCCGGAGCGCGGCCCGCGGGAUGCGGAGCGGAGGAGCCUGACGCAGCGGCGGCGGCGGCGGCUUCUUCGGCGCUGAGGAGAUGGAUUCCGGAGCCCGCCCGGGUGGCGGCGGCGCCCCGGGGCAGUCCCGCGAGUACAAGCUGGUGAUGCUGGGCGCCGGCGGCGUCGGCAAGAGCGCUAUGACCAUGCAGUUCAUCAGUCACCGGUUUCCAGAGGAUCAUGAUCCCACAAUUGAGGAUGCUUAUAAAAUACGAAUACGCAUUGACGAUGAACCUGCCAAUCUGGAUAUCUUGGACACAGCAGGACAGGCAGAGUUUACGGCCAUGAGAGACCAGUACAUGAGGGCUGGCGAGGGAUUUAUCAUCUGUUAUUCAAUCACAGACCGGCGCAGUUUCCAUGAAGUGCGUGAGUUCAAACAGCUGAUCUACCGUGUUCGGCGCACCGAUGACACUCCCGUGGUCCUGGUGGGAAAUAAAUCUGAUCUGACACAGCUACGGCAGGUCUCCAAAGAGGAAGGCUCUGCUUUAGCACGAGAAUUCAACUGCCCUUUUUUUGAAACUUCAGCUGCAUAUCGUUAUUAUAUUGAUGAUGUAUUUCAUGCUCUUGUGCGAGAAAUCCGCAGGAAAGAGAAAGAAGCAGUAAUGGCAAUGGAAAGGAAAUCAAAACCUAAAAGCAGUGUGUGGAAAAGACUGAAGUCACCGUUCAGAAGGAAGAAGGAUUCAGUCACUUGAGCAGAGAGAAUUCCUCUGCAAAAUAAAAAAAACAAACCUGUGAACAGCCAUUUGUAACCAAAGCGGUAUAGUAACAACAUUUUGGCAGCGUGUUUUAAACCUGGUGGGACUUUUAAGGGAAUGCUUAACUUUCACCAGUUAUUUUUGUUUAGAAUGAUAUUCCCUUAGUUUUGGAUAUUUAACUUAAGACACAGUAACAGUUGCACUUAACGUUGUCAUUUUUUUUACUGGAUCCAGCAAAUGUUGCUUGCAUGUCAUUGGUUACAAAUGCUGAUAGGUUUAUGUCCCUGCACUUUUCCGUAUUUGUUUUUGGUCACUGCGUACUGGAAGCUGAAUUGUGUAAAAUAUUGCUGAAGUUCUAUCCAACCUAACUUAAUUAAUUUUUUUUUCCUAGUUGUUUGCACAAGAAAAUGUUGCUGCUCUCUGGAACAGUAACCCACAUCACGAGAGGUGGCUUGUCGAAGUCACGCUGAAGAGUAGUUUACAAAGUGCGUGUCAUGACUCCGCAGCCUUGGCUGCGUACAGAUGUCGUUGGAGGGAGCUGUGUUAGAGUUCUUGUGUUCUCAUCGAAUAGAUUCUUUCCAGCAACAGUCACAUGGAAUACUUGUACAAGUUUAUCUAAAUUAUCAGUUAAUCAGCAGUGUUGUAGGUGGGAUUCUAAAUAAGUCAGAAAAAGCAAAUUAUGGUUCCUAUGGCAGCUGUAACUUGGCAACGGUGCACGAAUAUGUAGCAUUUUCCUACUGUAUAUAGCAUUUACUGUGUUGCCACAGCAUGUGUAAUGCAAUGAUGCUGUAGAAGCUACAGCUUUGAAUUUUCUGACUUGCUUCUUAAAAAUCAUGGCCGUAAUGAUGCUCUGGCUUAUUUAUUUACAUUCAGUUUUAUGUUCUUGUCUCAAAGGAGCCAGUAUCUUUGUGAAGUAGAAGUCUCUAACAUAGUAAUUUCAAAUUAUCCUAUGAUAACUACUUUGUAGAGAAAAUGACUGAUGCUGAGUUGUCUGAGCCCAGAGGGAAUAUCCCCAGUACUGGUAGGAUUCUUCCAAGGUAGUCUUAGAAGCAGAAUUGCCGGUGCAGAGGAAGGAAGCAAGGAGCUGGGCACAGCGACAGUCCUGACAGAUACUCACAUCCCUGACCCGACCUGCGCAGGCGGGCCAGGCGGCGCAGGUACAGGUUUUCUUACGCUCAGUAAAGAAGGAUUUGGUUAAGAAAGUGCUGCUGAGGCAGGCUCUCCAUCCAUAGAGAUAUUCUCUGCUUUCGAGCUGAUUUACGUAUAUAUAGCAGUUAGAGAAUUUAAAUCCAGCAGAGAGACAGAUGCCUGGUGUUCCUCUUGAUUUUGUUUUUUAAUAAUAGAACAAAUCAUAGUUAGGCAACUCAGACAUGGCUAAAACAAGUUUCUCUGAGAACUAAGUGCCUAGAAUCUUUCAUUUUAAGAGUGAAAGAGCUUAAUAGACUAAAUGUAUACCUUCGGUUAUUCUUCGAUCAUCUGUGCCAGUAACGGUUAAUCUUACUGAUCAAAAAUCAGAUCUGUAACGUCAGUCUUAGUGUGCUGCAUGCGAUAGUGCAGUCAAAAUGGAAAAUGCCUAUGUAAAAGGAUUAGUACAAGAAGCGAGGAUAGGAAAUAUAUAGACUUAAGCUAUUUCUUCUUGCUAAACUCCUUAUUGCUUAAGAUACGACUGGAAAUUCUGUGCCUGUUGGUUUUAAGAGUAUUUUCUUUGUGUAAGAUUUAGAAAAAACUUAUAACGAGAAAUUUGGAGGGGGGUUACAUUUUUUAUUUUGUUUGUAGCUGAGCUAAAAUGUUUAAAUCUGUUUCUGUUUCUCACUUCCUUCAGUGCUCCAGUGUUACACUACACUGGUAAUAAUCACAUGUAGGUUGUUUGAAAAAGGCUGAGAAUAAUUCAGAUUGUUCAGAAUUUAAGACCUCUUUUAUGUUAACUGUGUGAGCAGUCGAGUGCGUUCUUUCAGUAUUUACUGGUUUAGGACUGAAAGUCCUCCGAGUCGUUCAUGUUUGUAUUAAAUGCUGUCUAUACCGCAGAUGAAAACCAUCUAGCAGAAAAUUUGAGGAGAAGGAGGGGGCGAUGGUUCAGAAGUUGCUCUAAAAGCAGUCGCUGGUUCUGUCAUCGUAAAAGUUAUUUCAGACCAGCCAUGGGAGCGCUGAGCAGGGCCCUGAGAUGACGACAAGUUUUUCCUGUGCUUUUCCUUGAUGCAGUAAGUUAACAUCAAGCGUUCAUCAGCUUCCUGCAUUCAAAUUUUCCAGAUAAUAUGUAAAUGUAACCUGUCAGCAGUACUAAAAGCUGUAUGGGACUGUUCCCACCUUUAAAUAACUGAUGUCUGUGCCUUACCUGAUUCCUUCAAUGCCACUGAAGUGUUUACUAAUGCCUUUUGUGAGCCUGUUGCUUGUAGAAUUACUACAUCAGAACAGCAGCAAGCACUUUUUUUACACAGUGUUAUUCAAAAAGAGUUUUAUUUUUGUCAUGUAUAAAUUUGUACACAGAAUUAUUGUUUUAUUUGACACAAUAUAUAAUUUUUAAUACAAAUGUUUGCAUUUGAUGUUUUAAUCUCUGGUGCCUAGCAUGUUGGGUAGACGGCUGUUCAGCCUGAGAGUGAUGAAGAAGGAAAGCUCAUGGGGUGUUUAAAUUAUUUUGGAAAAUGCUUAUCUUGCUCAAAAAAAAAAAAAAAAGGAGUUGAGAUGUUAUGUUUAAGUGGUGCAGAACCUAAAAAUUCUGUGAUGCGAGUCUGGUGCUAAAUCAGUGCUAAAUUGUUUAAAUACAGUCUGGACAUUUUGCAACUGCAUUGCUUCACCUUUGUGUGCUCUGUGUAAGGCGUUUUACUUUCCGAGGGCAAUAGCAGCUGCGUGGGGUCAGUGUUGAAAUCUUUGCCCAGAUACUGGGGUAUUGGGGCUCCAGCCAGAGUAACCCCACUGCCUUUGCCACUGCCUCGGUCUCUCUAGGCGCUGCUUGUUUGCAUUUUAUUAUUUUGUACUAGUAGAAAGCAGCUGGGUUUAGGCUCCUUUGUGGCUUUGGUGUAGUUGUUGUGUCUUCCCUUAUAGUAUUUAUACUGUAGUCAGAUUUGCAAUAUAACUCUCACUUCGUGACUUAACGAAGGGCUUCUGGCGUCCAUGUGUUGGGUUAGAGAGGAUGUCUCCCUGUAGCAUUGUGUGGAUGGAAGAGGCACAGAAUGUUUUAGCUUCUCCUGCCCACAGCAGAAAUGUCUCCUUGUGCACUCACCAGGUGUUUGGAGACAACUUCGCCAACAACCCUCUCUUGUCUCUCGGCGUUCACAGCCAUGACUCAGCUAUGCGUUUUUCUACUCCGGAGAGACGUUAAAUGGUUGUGGCAAGAAGGUCCCUCGUUGGUUACAAACUGUAUGUGUUCUGCUGUCUCAAGCGAGGAGUCGGCAGAGAAUCCUUGCCCUGGUUGACAGGCUGAUGGGUGUCACCCACUUCAGUUCCCGUGAGAAAGCCUCUUGGACUAGAAUUUUGGACUAAACACAAGAUUCCUAAAAGGAAUCCCUGACAUUUCUGUUCAACAGAUUGUCCAGUUGACAGCUGUGAAUCACAUGGUGGCAUGCAGAUGUUCUUGUGGUUCUGGACAGGCUGGAGAGUUGGGCGGAGAGGAACCUAAUGAAAUUCAACAAGGGCAAGCGCAGGGUGCUGCACCUGGGGAGGAAUAACCCCCCGCAGCGGGACAGGUUGGGGGUGACCUGCUGGAGAGCAGCUCUGUGGAAAGAGACCUGGGAGUCCUGGGGGACAACAGGAUGCCCAUGAGCCAGCAAUGGGCCCUGGUGGCCAAGAAGGCCAAUGGCAUUCUGAGGGGCAUCAAGAAGAGUGUGGCCAGCAGGUGGAGGGAGGUCAUCCUCCCCCUCUGCUCUGCCCUGAGGAGGCCACAGCUGGAGCACUGUGUCCAGUUCUGGGCUCCCUGGUUCAAGAAGGACAAGGAACUGCUGGGAAGGGUCCAGCAGAGGCUACAAAGAUGCUCGGGGGACUGCAGUAUCUCUCUGCUGAGGAAAGGCUGAGAGACCUGGGUCUGUUUGGCCUGGAGAAGAGAAGACUGAGAGUGGGUCAAUAUCUAAAGGACAGGGGGCGAGAGGAUGGGGCCGGGCUCUUCUCAGUGGUGCCCGGGGACAGGGCAAGGGGCAACGGGCACAAACUGGAACAUGGGAAAUUCCAUCUCAACAUGAGGAAAGACUUCUUUCCUGUGAGGGUGGCAGAGCCCUGGCACAGGCUGCCCGGAGAGGCUGUGGGGUCUCCUGCUCUGGGGAUAUUCUGAACCCGCCUGGAGGCGACCCUGCGCGACCUGCUCUGGGUGACCCUGCUCUGGCAGGGGGUGGGACGAGGUGACCUCCAGAGGUCCCUUCCAGCCCCGGCCAGGCGGGGAUGCUGUGAUUCUUCCUUGAUUGUUCGCAGGCUGGCUACAAAUAUGUUGAACAACACUGGUCCUUACUGCGUGUUCUCUGGUUACUCAUCUGCUGGGAAUGGUGUCACCUUGCUCACGCUCCUUUUGGUUUUUAUCCUUUUUCAGAGUUGAUGACGUUCCUUCUUAUUCCAGGAUGGCUUUGCUUAAAAGAGUCACAGGUGAGACACAAAAUACCUAAAUACAGUUCACCAGCCACCUCACCCCCUCCCUACUUAAUCCUUCAAUAUACAGAGAGUAAAGAUCUGAAACGCAGUUCCCUUUUUCUCGCGCGGUGCUGUCCUUGUGCUGUUGCUGGUGUUAUUUACUAUGGAUUGGGCCGGUUUAUCCAAAGUCGGCAUGUUCGAGUGGGUUCAGUGGCAGGUUCUCCAAUAAUUUUGCUGUGUGUCUGUUGUGCUCUCUCCAUAAGGACAGGAAACACCAUUUGGGCCAAAAGAAAAGGCGAUUCUUGCAUCUUUUUUGUUUACGUGGCUUGCAAAUGUAGACCGAAACAAAUUACUCUGCAGAUACUCAUACUGAAAAUUCCUAAGUAUGUAAGACCUAGAGAUGAAUUAGGGGUAAACCUCUAAUUAUCUCGCUAAAAGCGGGUGACUAAGAGCGUAGUUUUUAGACUUCUCCCUAUAAAUCCAGAAGCUGUCCAGCCCUUCACUGGUGACCCCUUUCCUAAAGGGCAGGAACAAAUCUGUGGCACGAAAGAAUUCCUACCGCUGCAUUCUUACCAUUCCUUCUCCAACAUGAUUGUUGCACGAUGUGCCCACAAACAGCAAAUCCCAUCACCAGGAAUGAAGAAAUCUCAGCUAAGAAGGGUCUGACACUGUCAUAGUCAGCCAGUCUGCGUGGUUGAGCGGAGUUUGUUGUUUACUGUGGACUAAGGAAAUCUUUCCUAUACAACUGAU